CCGUUACGAUGGUGUUGAGCAUACAUGUCAGGACAGAAAAUGCUGGUGGACAUGGAUUAGAGGAAGCUAGCGUCUGUAGUGUGGUGGAGAGGACGGUGCUUCUCAAGCAAGACGUCAGCUUCCUCCUAACGCAGGAGCUACUAGACCAGAACUUGCCUUGGAAUGGCGGAAAUGGGGCCAGCGUCAACGCACGAGACGUUGAAGGUAGUCAACGACGACCUCGACUGGCAGGAGUGUCCUGCACUGUAACUGCCCACUAACGUUGACGCCAGAUCGAAUAAUCUGAGAAACGGUCAAACCCUUCUCUCGAGGCCGCUGAGCGCAAUUGUGUCGCACGUUCAGUUCUGCUGAACGGUUUAGUUCACAUCUCAAGAGGAUUCCCCCACCCCCUCCCCAACCACCCCCUUCCCCUCACGCAUCCUUCCCUUCUCAAGCAUAC